AUGCGCGGGGUUAAAGUUCACUAAUACACAGCAAAGUCAAGCCCUUGAGCUCAGUCAUUUGCUCUAACUGAGUGGUUUAGAGGCUGCAGUAGUGUGCGAGAGAGAGGCGAAGUGUUGGGAAAGAUGCCUGGUACGGUUCACGUGAAGGUAGUGAAGGCACGUGAUCUCCCGGUCAUGGACAAGAGAAGUGAACUCACUGACGCUUUUGUUGAGAUCAAAAUGGCCAAUGGUUGGAACAAGACAGAAGUCUGCCCAAAGACUCUUAACCCGAAAUGGAACUCCCAAUGGUACAAAUUCAAUGUGACAGAUGAAGAGCUGCAAGAUGAACCUCUCCAAUUGAAAGUGAUGGAUCACGAUAUCUACAGCGCCCACGAUGCAAUUGGAAGGGUCUAUAUCGUCCUUAACCCACUGGUCGAGUCUGGAUCCACCCAUUCCAGCCUAGAGGGAUGGUUUCCAAUUUUUGACACCCUCCAUGGAGUGAGGGGAGAACUGUAUGUGGAAGUGAAGCUGGACAUGAUUCAAGAUCAGCAGAGAUUCAAACAGUCUUCUUUUGGAGUUCAGUUCUACUCCUGUACAGGAGAGCCGGAGGGAAUGGCCAUUCACUGUCUCCAUGGCUUUGUGGAGGAACUGGUUGUCAAUGACGACCCAGAGUAUCAGUGGAUUGAUCGACUGAGGACCCCUCGCUCAUCAAAUGAAGCAAGACAACGGCUCUUUACCAGACUGUCAGGAGAAUUGCGAAGAAGAAUUGGUGCCAGAGCAUUGGAAGUGGAAGCUAAUGCGAUCCUGGGGUACAAGCAAUCGUUUGACAUUGAGGGUGAAUCCGGUCUUGUUGUUCGUGGAAUCGGGACGUGUGUAUCUCUCAUUCCCAAACUGCUCAAUGUUCAAGUCCCCAUUCCAGUCUGCUUCCCAGCCACACUCGAUGGAGUUAGACCUACUUCCACUCAUGCAGAUACACUACUCUCAGAUGAUGGAGCUCUGUUUGAACCGCUGACGUCUCCCCAACAUUCGCACACCGUCCUACCACCUCACAUCAGUCCGUCCCACAUCGAUGGUCUUCCUCCCUCUCCCUCCAAAACCUCUGGUGUUCGUGUGAUUGAUCCAAUUCUGGCGACGUCAUCUGGAAGUGGAGCGGCAGUCCUGAUGUCUACUCCUCCUCCGUCCAUGAAAAACAUCACAGCACCUUCGGAGUAUCCGUUUUAUACAAUCUCAACGUUGCCCGACGGUGUGCUGACUCAUAUUGGUGGACUGGUGACUGCCCGCUCCGUCAAGCUUCUUGACAAGAUCAACAACCCAGAUGAUCCCGAGACCAGAGACGCGUGGUGGACGGAAGUGAGAGAUGAAAUGAGGUCGCACCUCAGAGUGCUGGGCUGUUCUGUCAUCAUCGGCUACUCCGAGUCAACCAGUAUAUGUGAUAGUCUGUGCGUCUUCUCAGCAACUGGUACUGCAGUAACUGUCACGGAAACUUCUAGAAAACCACCAACAUCCCCUGGUUCGGAAACGGAGCUAAAGGGAGAUACUGAAAUUGAAGGACAGAACACCAGCCAAACUGAGAGCCCGGCUAGAAGUCCUACCAACAGACUGGGUUGCUCCCUAUGUCACCUCCCUUACUCCACUAACAAGCUUCCUGUGGAUAUCAAAGCCACCUUCUGUCGAAUAUGCAGGAGUAGACAGGUUCCGUCAUUAAUACUCUCAACCUCUGGACUGCCGACUGGAAUGCCAAUCAGUGGCAGAGGGUGCCUGGUUCAGGCCAGGGUCUGUGUGGCAAAAAGAAAGAUGAAAGGCGAAGAAAAUGCCUACAAAGUCAGCAAGGAGCUCCCAUUUCUGGAGUAUGAGAUACACAGUAGACUUCUGAACAAGGUCUACGUUCAUGGCAUGAACGCCGUGUUUGGAGUAAAGAUCCAGGUUUCCGUUGGCGACACUGUCAUAACUGGAUUGGCGACCGGAACUGCAGUCUACCUUGAAGCUCUUCCUCCUCCUCCUCAGCUAACUUUUCACAGCAAAGAAGGCAACGAGAAAGCCUCUGCAGCCACCUCUAGCAUACAAGUGACUGUCGAUCAAGCCCUCAAGUUGAAUAGGAAGAUCUAUGGAUUGCUUCAAGCUCCCGUGGAAGUGCAGGUUGCCGAGACAGGAAAUAGUUUUGUGAGCGUGGCAGAAGACACACCCACCGACCCAGACCUGACAACUGGCAAGAAAGAUGUUUUUCUCGUCGAUCUGUCGAAUUUGAAGAUAGACGGAGGAAAUAUCCACACGGUUGUCGAGCGGCCACUACCUGAGGAAUACCUCAUUUGCAACCUCUCAUCCAUACCAGGAACGACGGCCAGUACUCCGCUCGAAGGCAAGAUGGUAACAAUUGUGAAGAAAUAUGUUUUCCAGGAGCAAAGAGGUGACGUGGAUCGACAAUUUUCUGAACUGCUACUUCUUCUGAUUCAGACUCUGUGUUUCAAAGUCCGCACCCUCCGCCCAUGUACACUCACUGAACUACAAUUUGACGUUGACCUUCCUGAAGAAGACGAAAUUCAGGUUUCCGUGACAGCAGUUGUUGCUAGGAGCCACCAUAAGCCGUCAAAUAUCACCAAUGUGGGACAGAAUCGUUCGUCAGAUGAGUUCAUUUUCGACAUGGACGAAGGACAGGAAGUCCACCACACUCGUUUGAGUGUGCCCGAUUUGAAAUCUUCACCACUUGGAGGAGGAAAGAUUGUGCUAAUGACUCCUUCACCGUUCAUUACCGGCUGGACGGUACAGAAAUAUCUCGGACGGAUCAAUGUCUUCCUCAUCAGAGAAAGCACAUCUAUUCGUGAGUCAGGAGGUAUAGGGAUCUUCCUGGAUCUGUUUCUACUGGAAGCUAACUCCAUUGUCAGAGCCAACGUAAAGGCUGUUGGUGGAAAUGCUAUUCUCAACUACCAACUCAACAAAUGUGUACUGAUUGACCAUCACUACAAAAACCAG